AAGAGCAAGAAAGACUAAAGGCGAGUUGCAGGGAAAUACCAGUCUCACCAGGCAGAAUCUCAACAUGCAUUCCGACAUCCAAUCACUAAAGAUAUGCGUCAUCGGCGCUGGCAUGGGCGGCUUGACCUGUGCGCUUGCGCUUGCCCGUGCCGGCUUCAAGGACAUAACGGUGUAUGAAAUGGCUUCGAAUCUGGGCUUUGUCGGCGCCGGCAUCCAAAUGGCCCCCAACAUGGCCCGUGUUCUUGACCGACUGGGGGUAUGGGACGAGAUUGCGAAGGAGGCUGUGGUUUUGAACGAGACGAGCAUCCGACAAGGAGCAACCGAUUCCGAGCUCGGGCAUGUGGACUUGAAGUACAUCCGCGAGACGUAUGGCUUCCCGCACACGGUCGGCCAUCGGUCCACCCUUGCAGGCGAGCUCUACAACGGCUGCAAACGAGAGUCGUCCAGCAUUAAGUUCAACUUCGCGACCACAUGUGAGGAUUUCAAGUUUGAGCCCAAACCAAGUUUUACCGCCAUCCCCCGCAAGGGCGGAGAGCCGUACGAGGUGCAAUGCGAUAUUUUACUCGGGGCAGACGGCGUCAAAUCAAACACGCGUGUCGCCAUGCUCAAGGAGCUAAACAUCGACGCCGAUAUCAAGGACACCGGUCAGGCUGCCUAUCGAAUCAUGCUCAGUCGAGAACAGAUGGCGUCCGAUCCGGACUUGGUGGCCCUCAUCGAUGCCGAUAAAGUGAUACGCUGGAUCGGCGAGAAGAGACAUAUCAUCGCAUACCCCGUAUCCAGAAAGCAAAUAUACAAUAUCUCGACAACACAGCCCGAUGUCAACUUCGCCGCUGCGCCCUCGGCCACUUACACGACCAAGGGUUCCAAGAAAGCGAUGCUGGAGGUCUUUGGAGAUUUUUGUCCCAUGAUCCAUCGAAUGCUGGACCUGGUACCCGAAGGAGAAGUAUGCGAAUGGAAACUAAGAGUACAUGCGCCUCUCCCGACGUGGGUCAUGGGGUCCAUGGCGUUGGUGGGUGACGCGUGCCACCCAACUUUACCGCACCUUGCGCAGGGAGCUGCACAGGCCAUUGAAGACGCCGCGGUUCUCGGCGUGGUCCUUUCCCACCUCCCGUCCGGCGCUACUCCUGCAGACAUCAACAAGGCCCUCAAGCUGUAUGAAAAAGUGCGUAAAGAGCGUGCCGAGACACUGGUUGAGCUAGCCGCAGCCAGCGGACGGGCCCUGCAUCUGGGCGAUGGGGCAGCGAAAGAGGAGCGAGACAAGCAGUUUGCAGCGCUCAAGGCAGGGAAGGGACCCGUGCCGGACAAAUGGGCCGACGCUGAUGUUCAGAAGAUGGUUUAUGGGUUUGACUGUAUGAAGGUGGCAGAGGAGUUGUGCAAGGCUGAGAUGAACGGCGCGUAGACGGACAAGGGAGUUGCACAGACGAGGCUGCAAGAAGAAGCUGAAGCCCUCCCUUUGGCGUGAUAAACCUCCAAGAUCACUUUCGAUGUGUAAAUGAUAGCAUAACGACCCC